UCGCUCGUUAUCUGAAAGUCAUUUGUCUCCAUCUCCUGGUCACAACUGAGAAUUACACCUAUAUUGUUUUCUCAGUUUAAAAUUGACUACGGUUCGUUGUUCCUACAGGUUAAAAAAAUAUUUUUAACAGAGUUGAAGUUAGUAACUCUUCAGUUAGGUCUUAAUAUUUGUCGUAUCAAUUUGAUAUAUUUGUAAACAUUCUAUGUUGGUUAGAGAAAAAAUAAAAACACUAAAACUAAACUAAUGUCGUUUGCCUUUAAUAGGAAUUCAUUCUUCUUUUAGUUUGUUCUUAAAAACCUUGUCUCCACUUUCCUCUCUCCUCCCUCCUAUCUCCUCCUUACUUCACCUAUCCUCUGGCAUUUCCUCCUCGCUCCUGUUUCCUCCUCUUUCCUUCAUCAUGACCAUCACUCUGAACAAUGCCUGACAGGAAGUGGCUGCCUGACAGGACGUAGCUCCUGGCUGUCGUUUCCUGUCCCUGAAAACUGUUCCCUGCUCAUCAGAGUCACAGUGAAGUUGAACCAUGACGGCGAAGGUUUUCUUCUUCUGCUCUCUGCUUCACUUCACCUUCUUACUAGGGAGCAGCCACAGAUGGCGCCUUCAAGGCUCCACCUCAAUGACCACAGACAUAAAGGACAUCAUCAAUUCACACACCAGGAUGUCUACACCACCAUUCUCAUCUUCUCCACCAGAGAGCAGCAAAGACAGCACGGAGGACCAGAGAAAUGACACGGUCACGUCUGUAACUGAGAAAAAUGAAGCUCCACCCACCGAUCCAUCUACCACACCUGUGAUCGUAGAGUCAGAAGCUCCACCCACCGGUCCAUCUACCAUACCUGUGAUCGUAGAGUCUGGAGCUCCACCCACCGGUCCAUCUACCAUACCUGUGAUCGUAGAAUCAGGAGCUCCACCCAGUCUUCUACCAUACCUGUGAUCGUAGAGUCAGGAGCUCCACCCAGUGAUCCUUCUACCACACCUGUGAUCGUAGAGUCAGGAGCUCCACCCACCAAUCGUUCUACCACACGUUUGUACAAAGAGACAAAAGCUCCACCUACCGGUCCAUCUAUCACACAUGUGAUCGUAGAGUCAGGAGCUCCACCCACCGGUCCAUCUACCAUACCUGUGAUCGUAGAGUCAGGAGCUCCACCCACCGGUCCAUCUACCAUACCUGUGAUCGUAGAGUCGGGAGCUCCACCCACCGAUCCAUCUACCAUACUUGUGAUCGUAGAGUCAGGAGCUCCACCCACCGGUCCAUCUACCAUACCUGUGAUCGUAGAGUCAGGAGCUCCACCCACCGGUCCAUCUACCAUACCUGUGAUCGUAGAG